CACUCUGUGGCCGGCGAAUGGUGACUGGGCUUCCUUCCGGUCUGUGCCGCGGAGGCCGGAAGUGUUGGUGUUUGGCCGCUCUGUGGGUGGACAGGUGUCGGGAGCGGCGGCGAGGGCUUCACCGAGGCUUUCUGGUUCUCGUGGCUGUGCGGGGAUUUAACCACCACCAUGUCGAGCAAAAGGGCCAAGACCAAGACCACCAAGAAGCGCCCUCAGCGCGCGACAUCCAAUGUGUUCGCCAUGUUUGACCAGUCACAGAUCCAGGAGUUCAAAGAGGCCUUCAACAUGAUCGACCAGAAUCGAGACGGCUUCAUCGACAAAGAGGACCUGCACGACAUGCUUGCCUCGCUGGGGAAGAACCCCACGGAUGAGUACCUGGAUGCCAUGAUGAACGAGGCGCCGGGCCCCAUCAAUUUCACCAUGUUCCUCACCAUGUUUGGGGAGAAGCUGAAUGGCACAGACCCCGAGGACGUCAUCCGCAACGCCUUCGCCUGCUUCGAUGAAGAAGCCACAGGCACCAUUCAGGAGGACUACCUGCGAGAGCUGCUGACAACCAUGGGAGACCGCUUUACAGACGAGGAAGUGGACGAGCUCUACAGAGAAGCUCCCAUCGACAAGAAGGGGAAUUUCAAUUACAUCGAGUUCACGCGCAUCCUGAAACACGGGGCGAAGGACAAGGACGACUGAGACAACUCCAUACUGCAGCCAAGCGUUCCUUGUUGCCACUUUGGGUAUUUCUGAGACUUCUUGCUUAGAGCCUGUUGCAUGCCCUUAGCUUUAAAGCUUUGCCUUUCUUGCUGUAUUUAUUCUCAGCCAUUUUGGGCACAUGUUAUCUUUAUAAUCAGACUGGAAAUAGGACUUUUUUUCCAUUUUCAGAUUAGAUAAUAGGGUAAUUUAACUUACCAGCCCUCUUCCCCAUAACUGUAGCCUAUACAGAGUCAAUAUAUUUUUUCAGAGAAAGUUAUCAAUUGAAUUUUUUCUGAACUAUCAUUAAACUUUAUGAUAAAAUA